UGAGCAACAAGUGUUGCUAGUCUCGAAGGCUGUGGAACAAAAUCACUUCAAUAACGUUUUAAGCGACGUAUUGCUGAUUGAAACUGUGCUGAAAAUAUCAGAGAAGGCGUCGCCCUUCUAAACGACACUUAACCAACGUUUUCACUUUUUGUUUAGUUUUUUUUUUAGAUGGCGCUACUUACUGCUCUCAUUCGAGAAUAAAGUUACGUCAUACGUCCACACGCAAACUUCUCGUCGCUUUUCAUGGCGUUUCUUCACUUUUUUUUACCUUUCUUUUCUCUCGUUUGUUUUGUUUCCUACACGUUUUUUUUUUCUUUUUCUUUUCUCCGUUCCCUUUCCUGCUGAUUUUUUAUUCUAUGGUCCUACCGGCGACGGUGCGCGAGUUCCUCGCAUGUUGUAAUCGUUUCUGUGGCGGCUCGUUCAAUUUGGUGCUGGUAUAGCGGUACUGUGAGUUCGCUCGUAUUCUUGCGCGUUUGUGUAACCGCUGCAUCUCCGCGCGGUACGCGCCGUAGAUUGCACCUCGCUGAGAACUGAGGCGUUCGCGACAAACUCUGCGCGAUAAGAAACGUGUUGUGACGAGCGAUCGGCGAUAGCCCUCUUCUGUUUGUUGCCGGCAUGUUCACAAACGCUGACAUUCGCGGUGUUGAGCGCGCACAGUGCUUGUCAAGCGGCUGUGAUUGCGACGGUUUCACGCGACCCACGGCUCUCGACACGUGCGGUGUGCAAGCCGCGUCUGUACAGUGCGGCUGGUGCUGCUACUGUGGUCACUUGCCUGUGUCUCACUGCCGUGUAGCAGGAGUAUCGUCCCUGGCAGAACCAAAUGAAAACAGCAGCAUUCAGCCGGCAAGUAGUCCAUUAAUGGUGGGUGCUGUCUGGACAUCAUCUCCUGGCAAUUUGUCAUCCUCUGGCAAUAAGGACAGAAUAGGUGAAGAGCAAGCGGAUGGGGUCAAAGCUGUUCAAUGUGACUUGAAAUUGGAGCCAGGUUCUGUACCAGAAGAAAAUUCAAAACCGGAGCCAAACCUAGAGCCAGAGCUGAUGCCAGAGCCUGAGCUAAUGCCCGAGCCCGAGCCCGAGCUGACGCCCGAGCGUGAGCUGAUGCCAGAGCCUGAGCUGACUCCAGAGCAUGAGCCGAUGCCAGAGCAUGAGCCAAUGCCAGAGCAUGAGCCAAUGCCAGAGCAGGAGCCGAUGCAAGAGCCUGAGCCAAUGCAAGAGCCUGAGCCAAUGCAAGAGCCUGAGCUGAUGCCAGAGCCGGAACUGAUGCCAGAGCCAAGUUCAAAAGUACCGAAAAAGAGGAAGCAUGAUUCGGAGGAUGACCCGACAUGUUCCUGCGGACUGAAGCAAAAGGUGAAGCAACUAGAACAAGAAAAAAAUAAACUUGCAAGGCAGCUGGAGGAUGCACAGAACAUUUCUGAAUCCCUUCAAUUGGUCAGAGAGCUCAAGGCACUGAUGUGGACUGUACAGGGUAGCAACAGAGUCAUUGAGACGACAAAGGUACCUGAACAAUCACAGGAUGCAUUGGUGGACAUUGGUGGUGGUGUCUUGGUCGACAAGUUGCGGCUGGACCAACUGCUCCUGGAGCGCUGCACAGCGGGUAGGUUUGCUCGCUGCCUGCUCCGUAUGGCGUUCACCCAUGAGGAGUUGCGAGGGAAGACCCUGUGUGGGAAGUCCUGCCAAGACAAGGAGGCCAAGGAAUCAUUGGAUCCUGUGCGGCUCAAUGCAGUCAUUGGUAUGAGGCUACACAUGUCGGCGCUUCAAAACAUACCCUGGCAAGUUGAAGAACAGCCUUUCAAGCAUGCUGUCUCGAGAAAUAAAGUAAGCAGGCAGAAUGACCUGCUGUGACCUGUAAUCAUAUCAAGACAUCAAAAACACAUAACAUUGCUGAGCUCUCUGAGCCUCAUUGAAAUGGUCAUUACAACUAAAACAGGUCUUUUAUCAAGAAUAAAUGUUGCAGAAGUG